AUGCAAUUCACAACUUCCAUCCUCGCCGCUACAGCAGCACUCGCAACUAUUGCCUCUGCCGGCACUGUCCACUUCGUCAACCAAGAUAGCACCACCCGUACUUUAGUCUUCACAGCCACCUCCGGCUACGAAGCCAUCGAAUCCCUCACCAUCCAAGGAGACAGCACCGCCAACCAAACCUUCCCAACCGGCUGGAUCGGCAAUUGGUACUCCAUCUCUGACGGUGCCGAAAACACCUCCGGCAUGCUCGGAGAAGUCUGCUUCGAUUCCUGGGGAGGCAUGACUUACUUUGAUGUCUCAGCCAUCGUUAACCCCGACGAUACAGAAGGUGUCAAGGAACUCUUCCCCUUACAUACCGGUCUUCCUGUCUCUGGCUGUCAAAGCUUUCCUUGCGAUAACGCUUACAAUCAUGCUGAUGAUGUGCAAACUCAAGCUACGGAUUCCAAUGAGCUCGUUUGUCUUUUGGGUAAUCUUCCUGCUUCUAAGCGUGAGACUAGAUCGAAGUUUGGUAAGGAGUUUGUUACUGGUGGGGGAUCGGCUUAG